AUGAAUACGAUCGUCUUCGUUCUUGCAAUUGUUGGCGUGGCAUUGUGUCACCCAGGCGGCAAAGGUGGCCCUGGUGGUAAAGGAGGCAAAGGUGGCCCAGGUGGACGUGGACCACCACUACCACCUUUCCUCAAGAAUGUCACCGAAGAAGCCAGAAAGGAGUUCUUCGCUAUUCUGACGAACAAAGAAGAGACCAUUGCCGAACAGAAGGGAGAAAUUCUGACCUGGGCACAGAAAUACGGAGUUGAAGCUCAGGUCCAGGAGUUCAACACCAACUGGACUAAUCUCAAUAAAGAGAUCAAGAAGAAUGUUACUGAACUUAUCACUGCUCUGCCAGCUGCACUGGAAAAACUCUCAGCCAUAGUGGAGAACGAAGAUCAGACCGCAAAUGAAAUCAAGGAUGCUAUCAAGGCUCUGAGUGCAGAAAACCCUAAGGUGAGCUAUCCUCACCACACUUUUUUUGACCACUGCUCUGGAUGCAUACUGGAGCGCAGGACAUACCAGGGAUCUUCGAUGGAAAAGAGGUAG